CUCAAACCACCGACUUUGGUUAGAAGGAAACAAUGGCCUCCUCGAACUCGAGAUCUUCAACGGCGCUUUCGUUGCCAACAGUUUUCGCGAAGGAGCUGCUUGCACCGUUGUUCGGGACGUUGUCCAAGAUAGAUAUCGCGAAAUCCGCGCUAUUCUACUAUGUUAUUGCCAUUUACUCGCUGAAGGCGUACAGACAUCUUCGAGCCAGAGGUGUAACAACCACUGGGAAGGAGGUGUUCAACUAUGUAUCGCAGUUUGUUGUCCGCCUCAUCCUCCGAGUGCCUUCCACAAAGCGAAAGGUCGCUGCUCAAAUGGACAAGGCGAAGCUCGAUGUGGAGAACAAGCUGGUUCCAAAGGGCCCCGACGUGACCCGACAUCUGGCAUUGCCUGAAGAGGGCAAGUCCAUCGAGUGGAUUCUCGCUGAGAUGGACAAGAUGGACGCCGAGCUUGAUGGCAAGUCCAACGUGUGGCGCGAGGGCAAGCUUUCUGGAGCGGUCUAUCACGGCGGAGACGACUUGCAGAGGAUCAUUGUGGCCGCUUACGAGCGCUAUUGCGUCUCAAACCCUCUCCAUCCUGACGUGUUCCCCGCAGUGCGCAAAAUGGAGGCCGAAAUCGUGGCAAUGGUUCUCAAGCUUUAUCACGCGCCAGAUGGUGCUGCUGGUGUGAUGACUUCUGGAGGAACGGAGUCUAUUGUCAUGGCCGUCAAGACCUAUCGCGACUGGGCGAGAAAGGUCAAGGGCAUCACUGAACCGGAGAUCAUUAUCCCUGCUUCAGCACACGCUGCCUUUGACAAGGGCGCGGCCUACUUGAAGAUCAAGGUACACACAAUUCCUGUGAACCCUUACUCGCGGAAGGUUGAUAUCAAGCGCGUUCGCCGGGCCAUCAACGCUAACACCAUUCUCCUUGUUGGUUCCUGUGUCAAUUUCCCCGACGGAAAUCAAGAUGACAUCGCCGCCCUCUCCGAUUUGGCUGUGCGGUACAACAUCGGCCUGCAUGUUGACUGCUGUCUGGGUAGCUUCAUCGUGCCUUUCUUGGAGCCAACCGGCCUUUCUGGAGGUAAUGGAAAAGGAAAGUACAAACUUGAACCCUUCGACUUCAAGCUCCCUGGUGUCACUAGUAUCAGCUGUGAUACACAUAAGGCUGAAGACAUUCGUCUCCAGUACGGAUUUGCGCCCAAGGGAACAUCUGUGAUUAUGUAUCGCAGCUCUGAACUCCGGGCGUACCAAUACUACAUUAACCCGACAUGGACUGGUGGUGUUUACGCCAGCCCUAGCUUGGCUGGAUCACGUCCUGGUGCUCUGAUUGCUGGAGCGUGGGCUGUCAUGCAAGCAGUCGGUACCAAAGGAUACCUCGAAUCGUGCCGAGCAAUUGUCCUGGGUGCUCGACAGAUUGCUGACGCCAUCACCUCUUCGAUACCCGAACUGUACGUCCUGGGUGACCCGCCCGCAAGCGUGGUUGCUUUCGGAAGCAAGCACCCCAACGUGAACGUUUUGGAAGUGGGUGAUGCCAUGAGCAAGAAGGGGUGGCAUUUGAAUGGCCUCAGUGGACCUCCCGCUGUGCACAUCGCUGUAACGCGCUUGACCGUGCCACUCGUUGAUCAGUUCAUCGCUGACCUUAAGGACGCCGUCCGGGAAGCCAAGGUUUCGCCUUCCGGGCAGGGAACGAUGGUCGCACUAUACGGUUUGGGCAAUUCGAGUGCUGUUGGACCUGACAUGGUCGGCGAACUGGCGACCGCGUUCCUCGAUGCUUUGUACAAGGCUUAA